AUGGCCGACAUCAAAACAGAACCUGUUGUGGCUGGUGCUACAGUUCACGACGAGAAGAUCGCCGAUCCGAAUUCGCGUCGCAAGUCGAGUGUUGCAGCUUUGACUGACAAUACCACCGGAGAAAUCAAAAAUCCUCUUCUUGGCAUACCCAAACACCAACUACUGCAAGACGUCGAAGCUUUCGCCAACCAAUAUGAACUCCAGGACAUCAAGCCUUACCUCAUCAAAGGGGCACUUGUCGCCCAAAGCCCCGCCCAUGCCGACAAGAUUCCCGAACUCGACGACGAAGAUCGCCGUGUACUGAGUGAGGAAGCUACUCACAAAUGGAAGCACCCGAAAAUUCUAUAUCUGACCAUCAUCCUAAACUCCAUUGCGGCUGCUAUUCAAGGUUGGGAUCAGACAGGUUCGAAUGGAGCAAACUUGACUUUUGGUCUUGCGCUUGGCAUUCCUGACGCUCCACCACCUGACCCGAAUCCAUUGGGUCUUGGGGGUUGUAUGUCGGCGUCCGAGUGUAACAAAAAUCAAUGGCUAGUCGGUUUUGUCAACUCCUCGCCAUACAUCGCUAUCUGUCUCUUCGCUGCGUGGAUUUCUGAUCCUGUAAACGAAUAUCUCGGCCGUCGUGGCACCAUCUUUGUUGCCGCCAUCUUCUCUGUCCUUGCUCCCCUUGGUUCUGGUGUCUCCCAAACAUGGGGACAAUUGGUCGCUUGUCGUGUUCUCCUCGGCCUUGGAAUGGGUCUGAAGGAAGUCACAGUGCCUGUCUUCUCCGCAGAGGUAGCUCCUACAAAUAUUCGUGGUGGCCUGGUCAUGUCUUGGCAGAUUUGGACGGCUUUUGGUAUUCUUUUAGGCACGUGUGCCAAUCUUGUCUUUGUUGAUGUUGGCAAGAUUGCAUGGCGACUUCAAUUGGCAUCUGCAUUUGUGCCGGCAAUUCCUCUUGUUCUGGGUAUCUGGUUUGUUCCAGAAUCUCCAAGAUGGCUGAUGAAAAAGAAGCGUGUUGCAAAGGCCUACAAAUCACUUCUCAAGCUUCGAAGCUCUCCACUACAAGCUGCUCGAGAUCUCUACUUUAUCAACGCACAACUCGUCUAUGAGGAAGAGUUGAUUGAGCAAGCUGGAUUCGUCAAGACAAGCAACAUGUUUACUCGGUUCAUCGAACUAUUCACCAUUCCACGUCUUCGAAGAGCAACUUGGGCUUCAGGUGUAGUCAUGAUUGCUCAGCAGAUGUGCGGAAUCAAUAUCAUUGCCUUCUACUCCUCCACGAUCUUCAAACAAUCCGGCGCCGACAACGUCACUGCCCUUCUCGCCUCCUUCGGCUUCGGUCUAGUCAACUUCGCAUUCGCCUGGCCAGCCGUCUGGACAAUCGAUACCUUUGGCCGUCGCGGUCUCCUCCUCUUUACCUUCCCCAACAUGUGUUGGACCCUCCUCGCAGCCGGUAUGUCCUACUAUAUUCCCUCCUCAAGUCGCGCCCAUCUCGGCCUCGUUACGUUCUUCAUCUACGUCUACGACGCGUUUUACAGCCCCGGAGAAGGUCCUGUUCCCUUCACCUACUCCGCAGAAGUCUUCCCGCUAAGCCAUCGUGAAAUCGGUAUGUCAUGGGCCGUCGCCACAAACAACUUCUGGGCCACUGUUGUAUCUCUCACGUUCCCUCGCCAACUCGCCGCGUUCGGCGUGCAAGGUGCUUUCGGGUUCUACGCCGGCAUGAACGCCCUCGCCUUCAUGAUGAUCUUCCUUUGUCUGUACGAGACUAAACAGCGCUCCCUCGAACAGCUGGAUUACGUGUUUGGUGUCCCGAUCCAUAAACAUGCUAGUUACCAGCUUUUCACCGUGCUGCCGUGGUGGGUUCGUCGCUAUAUCUUCAUGCGAAAGGGCGCGGUUUGUCCCGAACUUUAUCAUUUCGAGGAGGACGUGUGGAAUCAGAGUGAGGAGGAUACAAGGGCUGUUAGUACGGGUGUGGAGAAGGUUGUUUAG